AGUGGUCUACCGCACUCGGCGCACACGGCUAAACGUUCAAACGUCUUAUUAUAGUUAUUUAUUUAUUAAGUAGGUAUCUGUCUUUGAUACAAUGCGUUAUAUUUGUAGUUAAAACGUGUAGAUAAUCAUUAUAAUAAGUUAUUAUUUAAAAAUAUUAAUACAGAACUGUAAAAAAGAACAAUGGAGGACAUCAAGUCGGCCGAAGAUAUGAACGGCGGUCUACCGCCUGUUGAAAAAGCAAACGACUAUAUUGAAUACGAAGCAGAAAUGGACACUUCUGACGAAGAGGACAUCAGAAACACCGUAGGAAACAUACCAAUGAAUUGGUAUGAUGAAUAUCCACAUGUCGGUUAUGAUUGGGAUGGUAAUAAAAUCAUUAAGCCUGAACGCGGAGAUCAGUUAGAUAAUUUUAUGGAAAAAAUGGAGAACCCUGAUUUCUGGCGUACUGUUAGAGAUUUACAAACUGGACAAGAUGUUGUCUUAAGCGAUAAAGAUGUAGAAUUGAUUCAACGAAUAGAAUCUAGUAAAAUACCAGAUUCAACCUAUGAGCAAUAUGCGCCAUGGAUUGAAUGGUUUACAUCAGAAGUAAUGAACAUGCCCAUUCGUAAUGGAGCUGAUCACAAACGGUCAUUCAUUGCUAGUCGACAGGAAGCUCAGCGAGUUGAACGUUAUGCUAGAUUAAUAAGAGCUGGUCUUCUUAAAACUAGAGAACAAAAGCGAAGGGAACGUGAAAAGAAACGUGAGCGUAGUUUUUAUAUGAUGUGGAGCACAGAUGAUGCUGAAGAUAAAAAUAUGAGGCGCAUUACUGAUCAUAUACCUGCACCAAAAAGAAAUUUACCAUCGCAUGCAGAGUCUUAUAAUCCUCCUCCUGAAUUCUUAUUUAAUGAACGAGAAAUGAGGAUAUGGAAAAAACAAGAAGAAACUCCUUGGAAACGCAAAUUACAUUAUGUACCGCAAAAGUAUUCUAGCCUUAGACAAGUCCCAGCAUAUCCCAAAUUUAUCAAAGAGAGAUUCACAAGAUGUAUGGAUUUGUAUUUGUGUCCUAGAGCAAGGAAAAUGAGAUUGACUAUUGAACCAGAAGAUUUAUUACCUAAAUUACCAAGUCCUAAGGAUUUACAACCUUUCCCUACAGUUCAAUCAAUGGUAUUUAAUGGUCAUACUGAUAUGGUCCGUUGUAUAUCUAUUGAUCCACUUGGUCAAUAUUUGUUGUCUGGAUCUGAUGAUAUGACUAUUAAAAUAUGGGAAAUUAGUACGGGUCGUUGUUUGAGGACUAUACCAGUUGGAGGUAUAGUGCGUAGUAUUGAAUGGAACCCAAACAAAGCAUUAUCAUUGGUUGCAGUUGUUGCUGAUCGCAAAUUAUUAAUCAUAAAUCCAGGUGUUGGUGAUCAUCUAAUAGUUUCCAAAACAGAUUCUAUUUUAUCCACACCACCUGUUCAAGCAUCUAUUGUCUCUGAUAAGGUAAAAGCAGUUGUUCAAUGGGAUGAUGCAACAUCUGAAGAAUGGGAAAACGGCAUUCGUCUCGUGUUGAAUCAUUUUAAAGAAAUAAAACAGGUGACAUGGCAUGGUCGAGGAGAUUAUGCAGCUACAGUAAUGCCUGAUGGUGCUAAUCGAUCAGUUCUCAUUCAUCAAAUGUCUACUAGACGUUCACAAUUACCAUUUGCUAAAUCUAAAGGAUUGGUGCAAUCUGUUCUUUUCCACCCAAUUAGGCCAUUCUUAUUUGUUGCAACUCAAAAAAAUAUAAGAAUUUAUGAUUUGGUUAAACAAGAGUUAUUCAAAAAAUUAAUGAGUUACGCAAAAUGGAUUUCAUCAAUGGCUAUCCAUCCAGGUGGCGACAAUCUUAUUGUUGGAACGUAUGACAGAAAAAUGUUAUGGUUUGAUCUUGAUCUUUCUACCAAACCAUACAAAACUCUUAGAUUACAUUCAACAGCUGUACGUUCUGUUGCUUUCCAUAAACGUUAUCCUUUGUUUGCAUCUGGCUCUGAUGAUCGAGCUUUAAUUGUUUCUCAUGGAAUGGUCUAUAAUGAUUUACUUCAAAAUCCAUUAGUUGUCCCAUUAAAAUUACUCAAGGAACAUGAAGAUUGCUCAGAUUUUGGAAUUUUUGGUGUGACAUUCCAUCCUACUGAACCAUGGGUGUUUAGUUGUGGGGCAGACAAAACGAUUAGGCUGUUUACGUGAUUUUUAAAAUGAUUAAAUUUAUAAUGAAUAAUUUUGAAAUAUACUUGAUUAUACACAUUGAA